AUGACAGCAGUCAUCGCUCCCCAGGUUCCAGACGAUCCGAUUUUUGUGAGUUUACUAGCUGCGAGUGCCACGUACCCCAGGUCGGAACCUAUUGUCUACGAGAGAGAUGGCCAUAAGAAGACGUACCCCGAACUACUUAGCGACAUUCUACGUACGCGCAGCGUUAUCCGCGAAAAAUUACCAGGCAUCAAUCGAGAGGGUCUUCUGUCCGACCAUGAUGUGUACAUUGCCAUUGUUUCACAGAGCAUCUACGAAUUCAUAGUUGCCUGGUUUGCGGUUUCUGCGAUCGGUGGAGUCAGCAUCAUCUUGCCAUCUGGAAUUCGUCCCGAUGAAGCCAGCCUUAUACUCAGGAUCAGACCAGGUUGCAUCCUUGCCGGUAGCGAAUCUGCAAACAAAGCAGCGGCUAUCUGUGACAUCAUGAACAAGGGACAUGAUUCAGAUCGUAUCUUCUCGAUGCCGAUAUCAUCCAGUGCAGAGCCUUUGGAACAAAGUACCCAAAUCAGCGUCGACCGCACAUUGCAGAUCGACUCAAGGCGCGCUGGCUCGGUACUGUUCACGUCUGGUACGUCUGGUCCUCCUAAGGGGGUGGUCCUGCCAAGAGCAUCUUUCCAUUUCGGGCGAAAGCCCGCCAAACCCGGCAGUGCAACUUUGGGCUAUAAAGGGGCUUAUUGGUGGACUGGUUGCAGGAAAGCACUGGAACCUGUCAUGUCUGGAAAGAAGCUUUACCAUAUUGGAGAAACAGCUGGUGCACAAGAAGUCUUGGAAGCGCUCAAAAACUACCCGAUUACCACAGUAGGAUUCAUACCAGCACUUCUUCACGACAUGAAGGAACACAUAUUGGCGAACCCACCAGUGGAAGCAUGGUCAAGUUGUUUUAAGGAACUGUCCAUGAUCUAUUGUGGCGGCGCGACCCUUGAGCAGUCCAAAUUUCAAUUUUGGAGCGACCUCACAAAGUUACCGAUAUACAUCGUCUACGGAGCAAAUGAACUGGGAGGCCGUGCAAUUGGUGGAAUAUCGGAUACAGAGUGUAUCGAGCCGUAUCCGGAAGCUUAUCUGAAUCGUCACAAGGGUCUGAUAGGGCGUGCGGUCUCUGACACCAUAGUCAAACUUUCAGAAGGUGAUCAUGGUGAACUCCUCGUGAAGAGUCCAAGGAUGCUAUUAGGUUACUUUGGCAACGAAAAGCUCACUGCCGAUGCUUUUGACGACGAAGGAUUCUACAAAACUGGAGAUCUUGCGGAGCUUCAUGAUGAUCAAUAUCGCUUUUGCGGCCGGGCCUCUUGUGAUUCGGAAGCUUCCGUCCUUGCCGUUCCUCACCGAGAAGCAAGGCAGUUGUGUGGUGCCGUCGUUCGGUUCCAGAAAGAAGGGUUUUCGAAGCCCGGCGCCUUGACACCACUUGCUCGAAUCAGAGCUGAUCUGGCCAGUAGCUUGGCGCCAUAUAUGUUGCCUACUGUGCUGAGUGUGUUGGAACACACUCAAGAGCUCCCGAGAACACAUUCCGGAAAGGUGAUGAAAAAGAACGUUUUGAGAGACUGUCUUGGAGUAAUCGAGUGGUUCUCAGCUGAGGCUCUGGCACCAGGUGUUGAGUUUUGGGGGAGCGAUCUACCCCAGGUGGAAAGCGCAGGGGCUAGAAUGUGGGAUCGCGGAGGAAUGCAGGCUUCCAGUUGA